AUGCACUCACUAAGCUCAUUGUUGGCGCGCAUGCAAACACUCAGCAGUAGCGAGUGCCUUCUCGACUCCAUGACGAUCAUCGAUGUCCUCCGUUUCAUACAAAUCACGCACCACAUCAAGUCCGAGAUCGCGCUGCACAUUCCCCAUGGUUCUCUUGCGCCUCCUUCGUUUCUGCCACUCUAUAUCCAACGCCUCUUGAUGCUUAUUAUCGGGUUUCCUGAGGCACAUGUAGUGCUCCUAUGGUCAGUAUUCAAGGACACUAUUUGGGACUUGGAUAUUUCAAUGCCACUGUGCGAGCAAGACAUCCAGCUCAUUAGCAAAUAUGGUGAUGCACCAGAACUCCCAGGUCGAGAACAACUAGCGGCCUUCAUGUUUUACCCACCAGUAUCAUCGUGUACGCUCUGUAAGAUGCCCCUCAAGUACUCAAAACUCUCGCGGUAUCGUGUCACCUACUUCUCGGUACGCCAUGGCAGUCAGCACGCAUACAUGACUUCAAUUGGUUGUCAAGCAUGUACGGCUAGAUUCUAUCCAACAUACUACACACAUGGCUCCAUGCAUCACUACUACUCACCGCAAGUACCAGAGAUCAUUCAAAUCGAGGAGCAUGCCCUUGUCUCAGCCGAUCUGUGCGAACUAUUUACCUUUUGCAUGCUCUUUGCAUGGGUAUCAUCGCAGAAUUGUAGCCACAUAUUCAACACGGCACUAUCAGGAGUGGCUGAUGGCAACCCACCUUCUUCGUUGGUCCUUACAUCGGAACAAGAAGUGAUGGAGGCCCGCAACGAUGAGUAUAUUAUUCAUGGCCAACCACAACGGAUGCAUGCUUGUAUGACCUACUCCUUCCGUGCUGUUGUUACAGACGGUAUCACUCUUGGUCGGCCAUGUUGCAAGGUUCAUAACUGCACACAACCCUUACCCACCAAUCGAGCCCAUUUUUGCAAGUUUCACGAGAAACUUAAACAGCAGUGUGUCUUCGUUGAUUGCGACCGACCUGCUGAACAAACAUUCCAGACUUGCUCCGAGCCUGCACACCGACAAGCAGAGAGUCAUCACAAGGCCAAAGGAAAAGGCUUCUUUCAGUUGCGAAAGCGACUCGAGCGGCAUAAUAUAGCACAUCUUGAAGACUCCGUGGCGCCACUAGAUACGGAGACAAUCGCAGACGGUCAAGACCUUCCCAUGGAUCCAGUCCACAAGUCCGAUGCCGGCAAUCAGACAGUGAAGGCACGGUUUGGGCGUCGUCGAACUCACAAUGAGCAGCUUGUAGUAGCUUGCUGUGGAGUGAUCACAGGCCGAGCAACUAUGUUUGGUGCUGAGGCCAUUUCUGGUGUGAAGGAUGCCUUGAAGUCUAUCUACCAGAUGCCACAAGAUCUACCAGAUGUUAUCUUCUUCGACAACAACUGUAGCCUACAAGCUCAUCUUCAAAAGCAACGUGAUACUUACUUCCAAGGCACCUUGCUUCCAGUUGAUGUAUUCCAUUUUUCGAGCAAGCACAAACUCUCCGACGACUUCUGCCAGCGACACUGUAACCCAGCACAAUGGCCGGAAUUGGUUAAUGAUGAUGGCAGCUGGAAAUUCAAUUCGUCAGUUGCUGAACAAACCAAUGUAUGGAUGGGAGGUUAUAUUGCGAUUGUUCGUGAGAUGCUCCCACAUCGCUACGAGUUCUUCCUGGAUGAAAUGAUCAAACGUCGCAACCAACUGCUGAUACGUCGACUCCGAAAUGAAGGCAAGGUGCCAUAUUAUGUGUUGCUGCGUGUACGAGUCGGUGGUCGGUGGACGGUCCGUCCUUCUGUUUCUGUCAUUGGAACUCAAUCAGUCUGGCAUCUUGCACUUGCGCUCAGGACAACCCUCGUCGUGCGCUUGGAAUUCCCGUCGUUCAGUCUCCCGGAGUUAACAUCACCGAGCUCACGGGGCGUGAAACCCGUAUUGGACGAGCGGCGGACAUUGUCGGCGAUCCCUUUCGUUGUCAUGCACAGCGACGGACAAGUCAUGGACAAAAAGUCCUGGUUGCCGGACGUCCGUAGACUGAAAACAUCACUGCAUGGCAUAUUACCGUUGUCCGCCUUCCGCACAAUCGCCUUUCGCACCGCAGACGCCGUUCUGACAGUUGCACGUCACAGGCGUGUUCUUCACCGGCGAGUCCAGGCAAGCGUACACUCCGCACUUCGCACUCAAAUGCCAAGAUCCCCAACGCUUACAAUGCUCGCCAACCGGUGGAUGAGCGCACAAGCUCGACGAGUUGUCGAUACAGCCUUGUCACCCACUGCAACGCCCAUAGAUAUCAACGAGGAGGAGGAGGCAGGAGAGCUAGUGGUAAAAGGUGAGUACAUGUCUCAGGAUAGUAAUGCCCAUGAUGAGACUCACCGGAGAGGAUCCGCUGUAGGCAGUGUGAGGAAGAGACGACAAGGCAGCUGUAACCCUUCCGCUGCACGCGACGAGCCCCAACUCCACGCGAUCAAGGAUGAACAUGGCGUUCUCCCCGUCGAACGCCAGCUCAGACAGCGGCACGACGAUCACGCCGAACAUGUUUGCGCGGGGCCAGCGCGCGACGACGACGCAGAAUAA